AUGCUCUCAGGUGUGCACCAUGUGAUGGGCCAUGAACUGAAGAGCUUGGAGCAGUAUGUGACUCAAGGCCUAGCUGGAUUACCUAAGCUCACGGCUGAAGCCCCGACCAAGAUCGCGUAUCACACGUGUUCUAGCUACCACAGCAAAUGCUCCAGUCUUUUGCGCCAAGUGCUAUCGCACGUGGGCCAGUACUCACCCAAGCACUGCAAGCUCAUCUCUGAUGUACAAUAA